UUUCAAGUGUUAUGUUUCGUAACUCGACCGUAUCAGAUGCAACUCUUGUGACAGCGGUUCCCUGCUGAAAUAUACUUUUCAUUGUCUUAGUAGCCGUCAUAUUUGCAUUUUGGUCAAAAACUAACAAAACACUAGGCAGUUUAACGUUGAAUGAGUUUUUUUCGACUGUUCGGCUCACUCAAAACAAAUCUCCAUGUGGUUUUAACCGCUUGAUGUAGUCACGUGGUCAUUUUCUUCCAUAUUUUUACCAGCAGAAACACCGUUGUGAAUAAACCAAGACUUUUUCCGGAACAGGUGUCUGUGAAGUUAAUUCCGAAAGCCGCUUGGCUUGGAGCCCGUGGAUUGUCCAGAGAACUACAUUUCCCACGAGCGACGUGCUCCGACGGUAGCGCAGUUGGUUUCGCGCAUGCGCACUGGGGGGUAAUUUGAUAUCAAGUGGGCCAAAACAGCGUGUGAUAAAAUGCACAAGUUGAAGUCUUCGCAGAAGGACAAGAUACGGCAGUUCAUGUCCUUCACACAGGCUGGGGAGAGGACAGCCGUUUACUGCCUGACGCAGAAUGACUGGAAACUAGAGGUCGCCACGGACAACUACUUCCAGAAUCCAGACCUCUACUACAAAGAAUCCAUGAAAACCACGGUGGACCGCAAGAAGCUGGAUCAGCUCUACAACCGAUACAAAGACCCCGAGGAUGAGAACAAGAUCGGCAUUGACGGGAUCCAGCAGUUCUGCGACGACCUGACCCUGGACCCGGCCAGCAUGAGCAUACUGGUGGUGGCGUGGAAGUUCAGAGCGGCCACGCAGUGCGAGUUCAGCAGGAAAGAGUUCCUGGACGGCAUGGCUGAGCUUGGCUGUGACAGUCCUGACAAACUCAAGGCGAUCCUGCCCAGACUAGAGCAGGACCUGAAAGACACAGGGAAGUUCAAAGACUUCUACCAGUUUACCUUUAAUUUUGCCAAGAACCCCGGGCAGAAAGGUUUAGACCUUGAGAUGGCUGUAGCUUACUGGAAUUUAGUUCUCACAGGUCGCUUCAAGUUUUUGGAUCUGUGGAACCGCUUCCUGAUGGAGCAUCACAAGCGCUCGAUUCCCAAAGACACGUGGAACCUCCUCCUGGACUUCGGCAACAUAAUCGCAGACGACAUGUCAAACUAUGACGAGGAAGGGGCAUGGCCUGUCCUAAUAGAUGACUUUGUGGAGUUUGCUCGGCCGAUUGUGACGAGUAAGCGCAACGUAACAUAGUGUUUGCCCCGGCGUCAUGCAGCAAAACGAGCUUGUGUUACUCCUGAUUUUCUUCUUCUUUUCAAUGAGGAUUUUUAUACAAAUGAGCCAAAAAGAGAGUUCCUCUCAAUCAGCUUGUCCUUAAGAUCAAAUCUUUCAACUGCAUAAGAUGCCUUGACUGGGGGGGGGGGGGGUUGAUCUGAGACACCAGGUCAGAGAGGAAAGCAGGAGGAGAAUGAACAGGAGGAGUUGUCUUUUUCUUUUUUCUUCUUCUUUUGUUUGACAAAGACUGCAAUAUGGAGAUGAUUGGUCACCCGCGGGCAAUUCACCCUGUGGCUGUGGCUUCAGAUCUGCUGCUGCGGACUUGGCUCACUAACCUGCAGCCUUGGCACAGCGAGGAGGGACAGUGGCGGCACACACAGAGGAUCGAGUUGUAGAUGCAGUUCAAUGUGGCCUCUUACAUCGUCAACUGUGAGCGGAACCGUGUCUAAAAUGUGCACGUGUCCGCCAGCAAGCGGCAAGCGGGAGAGCGAUGUGAAUGUGAAGCUCUCUAACAAUCCCACCGAGAGCAGAGAAGAAGUGUGCUAUGUUUGUAAGCGCGUGCGUGUGUUUGUGUGUGUGUGUGUGUUUUAGGGUUGGGGUUAAACAUGUGGCCUCUUUUAUGGUACAAAGCUAAAUAUUUUAUUUUGGAGCGGGAAAAGUUCAGUUCCACAUUUUGUAUUCUCACGGAGGACUGGUCAAAGCUCGUCUCAGCACCAGCAGAGUUACAUUUAGAUAAAGUUGCAGCGGUGAAAAGGCAGAACUCAGAGGGGUGAGAAUAGAUUCAGAUUUAGACGAACAUAUGUGUAUCUGACAUGAGAGGUAAUGAUAUUUAAAAUCCUGACAAGUACAUUAGAAGCUUUUCAAGAUCCUCACUGCUAAAAUCCUUCUGCAUUACAUAUGAGUUUGCAUUAAGUUUUGCCGUGUGUGUGUACUUCUGCACACAAAGAGGAACUGACUGUUGCGUCCCGUUAUCCAGGUGAUCCGCCAACAACAAACUGCACCGGUUCACUCUUUUUAUUCUUCUGCUCUAGGUUUUCUUUUACCAGGCAGCACGGAUCUACAGUUAGUCACUCCUCUUGGACGGAGGUUCACACACACGCUAAGCUUUUUAAAUGAGCAUCUACAUCCCAGUUGGGCUUAUUUUAGCUGUUUGUUUACACUGUUUUGAGGUUUUGAUCUGUUGCUUUCCUCAGAUUAGCACCAUAGAACUACUAAAGAGAAGAAAAGGUCACUCUGAGAACCAGGCCUGUGCCGCCAUCUAGGGGUGAAACGCUUCUCCUUCACACAAGUUUUAGUGUUGCUCUUAAAGUGUGAAUAUAAACACUAACUGCAUCCACUUUUUUGGGCUAGAGAGUGUGACAGAAGGUAGAGCUCAGGUACUAGUCUUCCAUCAGUAUUUGCCAUCAAACUAUGCCAACGUGUUUUGCCAAUUGCUGUCACCAUGAUAAGAUGUGUUGAAAUAAGGGUGGAUUAUUUCCAAAUAAUAUUUUCUCAUUCAACUACAAGAGAAACAAUUGCCUUUUGGUUUUCCUUAAGUUGACAUGUGUGUUUUUAGGUCUUCACAUUUAUGUGAACAGAAGUCCGUUAUAAGUGUGGAGGUGUGCAUGAAGUAGACUUUUUUUUAAGAAGUUAUGAUUUCAAGAGACCAGCUUCAUCAGGGCUGUGAAACAGUCACUGCCGUAGCAGCAGAUCGACGCGUCAAAUUGUUUAUCCUUGUAACUAUAAGUUCGAAACACGUUGGUGGAAUGAAAUAUCCAACGUGACUUUCUGGCUGUCAAAGUUGUGCACAAACUUUUUCUCGGUCGAGACGGCACGACGGUGUGAAAGCUUUUUCCAGUUGAUUGUUGUCAACAUAAUUAUCAGACUUUGUCUCCGGUUCAGGAGAUAGAACGCGUCUCUCUGUAUUCAUUUCAUUAAUAUGAUACAUUGGGUAUCUUUCUGUUUGUCAGAUGUGUGGUCAACUGUUUCAAGUCAUGCAGAUCAUUCUUAUACAAUAAGUUUUGUUUUUUGCCAGCAAGACGACAGGUAUUUACAGAAUGUUAUGUUUUGUCACAGAAGCACAUCGUACAUUGUUUUCUUCAAGAAACGUUGUCAAUAAAGCAUGUUGUUUUUAACA